AUGAAUGGAGGGAGGGAGCGCUGGGGCCUGGGGCCCAGCUCGGGGUGGGUGGGCGCCUCCGCCAGGAGGGCCCCCGGGGCUGGACCCCUGGGGCGAGCAGGAGCAGAACGUCCCGCCACUGUGACGCGCCCGGGGAGGGGGUGGGAGGAGGAGGGGGUCGGGGGCGGCCGGACAGAAGGCUGGACAACAGGCCGGACGGACAGCAGGGCAGGACUGGCCGCCCCCCUCCACCCCAUGCAGGCCGGACCGCGGCUGGCGGCCGGCUGGGCCAUGUGGGUGCUUUGCUCCGGCCUCCUUCCAGGUUCUACAUCAUCAACUGAGCAUACUUUAAGAAGCAAUGAGGAAGACGUUGAAGGACCUGUUAAACCGCUGGAUGGUACAGCAGCUCUAUUCGAUUUCUUCAAUCCCACAACAUGUCGUCCAAAACAAGGACAGACAGUAAUACCUUGCCGUGCAGGAAUGGAUCUUAAUAAGACUGAAUGUUUACAUCACAAGUGUUGCCACUCUUCAUGGACUCAAAGCCAAUUAAAGUGCUACACCCCACUAAAGGAUAGGCCUCAGCUGACGAUACGGCUAUUUGCCCUCGGAACAGGAGCCAUGAUUAUUCUGGGGUGUUGUCCACUUUGCUGCUGUUCUCUUUUGCAGAAAAGUAAAUGUGCCAAUCCUUUACAAAGACCAAGGAAGAAAGUUCAGAUAAAAUUGCAGAAGUUUGACAAUUCAGAAACUAUAGAUGAACUUUUAGAGAACUUAUUGAAAAAGAACAAGGAGAAAAUCAAACAAGGGAAAAUUUCACAAUGAGCUGUCUCUUGACCUUGAAUUGCACCGAGGCAGGAAGUUUUAGGAACCUAAAGUUUGUUUUGGAAGAAGAAAUUUACUUAUUCCAGUCAUGAAUAUGUGUGGUGGAAUCUGAAAUAAAUGUUAGAUUUUAUCUCAGAAGUUUC